GUUGAACAGUGGAUAGAUGUAUGAACAAUAGCUGCGCAUACUUCUGUAGAUUCUUGUUCUAUUUGCUCUACUUUAUUUAUGGUAAAUUAAAAAAAAAAUCUAAUAAUUGCUUAAAGCACCAUGGCGAUUGCACACGUAGCUACAGAAUAUGUUUUUUCGGAUUUUUUGCUGAAAGACCCCACGGAGGCUAAGUACAAAGGGAUGCGCCUGGAGCUGGCUGUGGACAAAAUAGUCACCUUCCUGGCCGUGGGACUACCUUUGUUUCUCAUCUCGCUCGCUUUUGCUCAGGAGGUGUCCGUAGGUACACAGAUCAGCUGCUUCGCCCCCACCAAUUUCUCUUGGAGACAGGCAGCAUAUGUGGAUUCCUUUUGUUGGGCAGCAGUGCAGCAACAAGAUGAUAGUUCACCACUAUGGCUUCACAAGUUCUUUCCAUACAUCUUGCUCUCACUGGCCAUCCUUCUGUAUAUCCCUGCCCUUUUCUGGCGCUUCUCCGCAACCCCACAUCUCUCCUCGGACCUCAGCUUCAUCAUGGAAGAGCUUGACCGCUUUUAUAACCGUGCCAUUAAACUGGCAAAGAAUCUGGCAUCCUUGGAUGCUAAGGAUAAAGACGGUCUCCAUGAUGCACCAAGCAGCGCUCUGGAGUUGACUGAGGGUUGCUUCAAAUACCCCUUAGUUGAGCAGUAUCUGAAGACCAAGCGUUUCGCUCACCGCCUUGUCGUCAUCUACCUGGCAUGCAGGGGCUUGACGCUGCUCAUCCUCUUUCUAGCCUGCCUCUACUUGGGAUACUACAUCCGGCUGGCCUCCAUCACAGAUGAGUUUCCGUGCGACCUGCGCACAGGAGUGCUAAAGAAUGAGAGCACGGUGCCCUCAGCUGUCCAGUGUAAGCUUGUGGCAGUGGGCGUCUUCAGGCUGCUCAGCUACAUCAACCUGGGGGUGUAUGUUCUUCUCGCUCCAUUGGUGGUGUACGCCGCCAUGGGACCAGCGCGCCAGAGUUCCAGCUUCCUUCGGCCUUAUGAGAUGCUGCCGGGCUUCGGUGCUUUGGGUGUGGUCACGCCCUUCUACAACGACCUGAGCAUUUAUCUGCUCUUUCUGCGGGAGAACCUGAGUGAACUCAAGUCCUACAAGUGCCUUCAGGUGCUCGAGUUACUGCAAGAGGCCAGUGAUGAGGGGUUUGACGCAACGUGCCUACUGCGAACUUUGGGGCAAGUGAAGACAGACGUGUUGGAUUGUAAGAAGUCAUGCCCACAAAACAAACCUAAGGAGGUCACAGAUCUGUCAAUCACAAUAACAAAGUCCCACUGAGAACACGAACAGCCUGAUCUUGACUGGCGUUGGCGUGUUGACCUAUUGGAGUCUAUUAUGUGAUUAUGUAUCUCAUAUUCAUUCAAUGCACUCUGUUGACAUUUACAUUUGUCAGUAGGUAUGCAUAAUUAUGUAUAUAGCAUUACACAAUUAUGUAUUGUGCUAUGUCUCAUGUUUACCUGUUAUUCACACACUUGCAACACUGAAAGUACUGUAAUUAAAUGCUUUCCUAUUUGACAUCUUAGGGAUUGUUUAGUGUUGUUUGCUACAUAACUAUAUUGUACAAUCAAAAGUGUUUUGACAAAGAAAUUGUCUUUCAUAGGUUUAUUCUUCAUUUGUCAAAAGAAGAUUUUAAAUUAUUAUUAUUAUUAUUUGUAUUUUUUUUACCGCUAAUGAAUGUUUUUUUUUAUUACUCUUGCUGCUCUUCUCAGGUGUAAUGUAAAAUGCUCUUCUAAUGUUAAAAUUUCAGAACAUAAGCAUUGUAACUAACUCCAACUUUGGUUGUGGAUUUAUUUUCUAUCUGAGAGCAUACUACACAAUAUUAGCCAUUUGUGAGUGAGAUGCAUCCCUGGAUUUGAAUUUACAGCUAAGACUAUUAUAACUAGGGUAUUGAAACCUACUACUAUUGGACAUUACAAGUAAUGGGGUGUACUAAUGACUGCCAAAACAUGCUAUAUUUUACUUGAUGGAUUAGUUAAGCAUGGAAAAUUAAAUUAAACAGUAAUAUAUAUGUGUGUUGCAUUAAUUGCCUGG